AAGAUCUCAAUUGAUUCUUCGUUUUAAAAUUCGAAAUAACUUCAACUAAACACGUCAUGAAUUAAAGAUACAACCUUAACACUAGUCAACAACAACAAUUUCAUUUAAAAUGCAUCUCUGAACCCAUCAACAAUAAUUAAAAAUAUUUUCUUGGGAGUUACAACAGUUCUUAACAAACCUGUUUAAAUUGUUUCCAAGUGUUUUAUAAAGUAGUUUAGUGAGUUGUUUAUGUAAAAAGUAACGAAUCCUUGAAUUAUCAACAAGGAGCUCUAAAAAUCGGUUUUCAGUGAAUUACUAGGUUUUAAGAAGGUGUGAAGAAAAUUGGAAAAACAUCAAGGUAAACAGGGUAAUUUAUCCAUUCCAAUGUUUUAUCAAAUAUAAUACAAAUUAAACAAUUAAAAACUUGACAUUAAAAAGCAAUACAUCCAUAAUAAUAAUGAGGAGUUCAAUUUUAAAAUUCUCCUUAAUUGGAUUUAUUUUUAAAGAGACAUUUUGCCAAAACCCAACAUUUUUAGAUACAAUCCUUUUAGAACCUUUUCAUCAAUUACGGCGUUCGGUAAUGAACUUGGAAAUAAGAGACGAAAAUAAACAUAGAUAUCAAAGACAAAUUUUAGAACCAUUUCCGUGUUCACUUAAAAAUGCUCGUAGUAAACACAUUCCGAAAAGUGUUCAUAAAUUAAGACCGGGUGAUAUCGACAUAAUUGGAGCAUUAGGAGAUAGUAUAACGGCAGGUUUUGGGAUAACGGCAACAAAUUUAUUAAAUUUAGUUGCUGAAAAUCGUGGAAUGGUUUACUCGAUUGGUGGUCAAGAAAAUUGGAGAAAAAUUUUAACCUUACCUAAUAUUUUAAAAUUAUACAACCCGAAUUUAUUCGGGUAUUCUUUGGGGCCCUCGUUGAGUAUUGAUCGGGCUUCUCAAUUUAAUCCAGCUGAGAAUGGUGCAGUUUCCGAUAAUUUACCUUAUAUGGCUAAAGUAUUAAUCAAGAGAAUUAAAAAGGAUCCAAGAACUGACUUACAAAAUCAUUGGAAGUUUAUUUCAAUAAUGAUUGGAGCAAACGAUUUCUGUUCAUCGAUUUGUUUUUAUAAAAACCCAGAAAAUGCGGUUCAAAAACAUCAGGAGGAUUUAUUAAUAAGUUUAAGACUUCUUCGAGAUAAUUUACCAAAAACUUUUGUUAGCGUAAUUACACCACCAGACGUCUCACAAUUAGCUAAUUUCACAAAUUCACCGUCUCAAUGCGAAUUAACCCAACGAAUCUUUUGUCCGUGCUUCGUUGGUGUGCGAUUUAAAAAUAGAAAGGAUGAGUUCCAAAAAUUGAUUAAAAAAUUUCAAAAAAUUGGGGAAAAAUUAGCGGGAUACGAUGAAUUUAAUCGUGAUGAUUUCACGGUUGUUGUUCAACCUUUAUUUGAAGAGUCUAAGAUACCAAUUGGAUCUGAUGGGUUUACUGAUAGAGAUUAUUUUUCGGUUGACUGUUUUCAUUUUAGCCAAAUAACUCAUUCUGAAGCUGCGAAAGCUUUGUGGAAUAAUAUUUUAGAACCGAUUAAUAAAAAAAAUCCUAAUUUUCUUGCGAGGAGUUUAAGAUGUCCAACAGAAGAGCACCCAUUUUUAGCAACAUCAAGAAAUAGUUGAUAAAAAAAUAAAUUAUUUUGCGUAUA